AUGGGCGUCUUGCACAAGAUUGGCAGUGGCGAGGGCGAGUAUGCUGAGUACACCUCCUGGCUGCAGCAGCUUGCAGGAACUGAGGGUGCAGGCUUAACCGUUCAGCAGAUGCUGCCAGCUCCAAACCAACAUGGCGAGAUGCCAGCUUGGGCGCUGCCGGGUUGUCCGGAUGCAACGAUCGGGUUUCGAAGUGUCGGGGCAGCUGCGUUGAAGGAGAAGAUCCAGAAUCUAUGCUUGGCCCAGACGUGGCGGGCCUGGGAUACGUUAGAGACCUGCAGCCUAGAGGAAGACCCCGAGAUCACCGGAUUCUGGAAAGGCCACCACCGGAUCUGUGCACUUCACGUGGUGGGCUGGUAUUGCUAUACCCAUGUCCGGGAUCGGUGCCCGGAUUGGCUGCGUGCUAUGCUGGCUCAUGCGCCUGUCCAUUACCAUGGCAGGCAUCCACGGUUCAUGCUGGUCCUGGAAGGCGCAACGCGCACGGCAGCGCUGCAGGAGUCGCUGAAGCUGCACUGGAUUAGCAUCGUGCGCGCCAUCCGGCAGAUUGGUGACGUUGAGCAAAGCGCCAGGGAGAUGAUGAACGCCAUCAAAGCUCAGUGGCCCGAGCUGUACAAGAAAGUGACGGAUUGGCAGACCAUCAAUAAAGUUCUUACGCGUGUUCCGGACACGGUGGUGGUCGAGGUCGAACUGCGGAGCCUCGUUGAAAUGUUUGUUGGCUUUCAUGUAUAG